UUUUAAUGUUUGGAGUGGGAUGGGAUUCAAUCACUAUCUGUGUCUGCUGCUCUGUGCAGUAGCCCUGACAGUUUCUGAAGUUUUUGGUAAAGAUGAGAACACAGAGGUGCGCAGGUGGACCAGGCAGAGCCUCCCGGUGCUGCUGGACACACACACAGAGCCUCUAAACACACCUUUGUUCAGCGGGCAGGAGGAGGAUGAGCACGGAGGCCGGACAGAGACACUCUGUGGAAUAGAGUGUCAAAGCAGCCUACCACCUAUGGACCAGACUGAGCAAGAGAGGAUUCUGGGAUAUGAGACAAUGAACGAGAAUGGCACUCGCACUCAUACAGAUGUCAGUUUGUGGGGUUUUAACGAGACGUCUGCAGGAACACCGGCCCACUCACCAGCUCGCACCCGCAGGAAACGACAGGUUUACGGAGCAGAUGGACGCUUUGUGAUCUCUGAUUCGCAUUUCAUCACCAACUAUCCGUUCUCUACCGCUGUUCGCCUCUCCACAGGCUGCUCCGGAGUCCUAAUAUCCCCGAAACAUGUGCUUACAGCGGCACACUGCAUCCAUAAUGGGAAGGACUACUUAGAGAGUACCAGAAGGCUUAGAGUUGGGGUGUUGCAGCUCAAGACUAAAAUGAUAACAAGGGUUGGGAGGAGAGGAGGGCGGCGGAGGAGUGGGAUGAAAGAAGUGGGGGAGAUAGUUGAGGAGCAGAUAAUGGAGGAAGGUGAGGAGAAGAAUAGUCUUGAUGGAGAUGUAGCGAGAGGGAGACAGGGAGGCAAAGGCAGGAGGCGCAGGGUAAGAAAAGAGGGUAAGGAGGAUGUGGCUGAUCAUAGGAGCACAGGUGACUUAGAGAGAGGGGGAGGAAGAGGGAACCAAAAAAGUAUCAGCCGUAUACGACGUAGUGCAGAACCCAGGAAGGAGUCGGUCUUCCGUUGGACACGAGUUAAACAGACCAAAGUCCCUCAAGGCUGGAUCCACACCAAGAGCUCCGCAAGCUCAGUGUCCCCCGACUACAACUACGCUCUUCUGGAGCUGAGACGACCCCUCAAACAAAAGUACAUGGAGCUGGGAGUGGCGCCCUCUGCGACCCCUUCGGCACGGAUCCAUUUCUCAGGCUAUGACUUCGAUAAAAGCCUGCUGGACGGGCGUGGAAAUGAGAAGGUGGUUUACCGGUUUUGUUCGGUGGCAAACCAGUCUAAUGAUUUGAUGUACCAGCACUGCGACGCUCAGCAGGGCGCCACAGGUGCAGGUGUUUACGUUCGUCUGCGAAAGGCAGCGGGAGAUGGAGGCAGGAAGGGGAAGUGGCAGCGGAGGGUGAUUGGGGUGUUUUCAGGCCAUCAGUGGGUGGAGGGGGAAGGAGGUGAGCAGAGGGAGUUUAAUGUUGCAGUGAGGAUUACACCACCCAAAUAUGCGCAGAUCUGUCACUGGAUCCAUGGAGAUCCAAAUCUCUGUAAAGAGGUUUGA